AUGUAUCUCUCUGACCAUCCGAAAACCCAAACUGUUUCUUCCAACGGCGCCGUUUUGGAACAUUUUUCAACUGGCGUCGAGUCUCGGCCGAUUUCGAACGUUCGUCGCCGUCGUACUUCCGCCGCUGUUAAAAUGACUAUGUCCUGCGGGAAAGCGGAUCCCGGCGGCGAUGGGCGAAACUCUGAAUCCGAUAUAGCAAUCGAAUUAGAGUCUCUCCGUAAUCGCGUCAAGGAGUUAGAGGCGGAAAAUGCUAAAUUGUUAUCCCAGAUUUCAUGCUGUCAAUGCCAACAGAUGGGAGUGAAGCAUGAAUUGUCUGUGUUAGAAUCGGGAAGCUUAGUUAGGAGAAGCAAAAGAGGUAGAAGAAAAGCUGAGAAGAGCAUACCGAGUCAUCUUAUCUCAAAGAGAUAUAUUGCUCUUAAAAUCAUGUAUUUUGGUAAGAGAUUCUAUGGCUUUUCGGCUGAAGCACAAAUGGAACCAAGUAUUGAGUCAGAGAUUUUUAAAGCUUUUGAAAGGACACGGCUUUUAGUUGGUGACAAGAAAGACUGUAAUUACUCGAGAUGUGGGAGAACUGAUAAAGGUGUUUCGUCGACAGGACAGGUGGUUGCUUUGUUUUUAAGAUCCAGACUGAAGACACCUCCAGGAGAAGCCCUUGUUGAUGAGAAAAUGGGGUUAGAAGGAGAAUAUGAUUAUGUAAGAGUUCUGAAUCGUGCUCUUCCUGAUGACAUCCGAGUUAUUGGAUGGUCUCCUGUUCCUAUUGACUUUCAUGCAAGGUUCAGUUGCUCUGCUAGAGAAUACAAAUAUUUCUUCUGGAGACAAAACCUGGAUCUUUCGGCUAUGGACACUGCUGGUAAGAAGUUUCUUGGGGAGCAUGAUUUCAGGAACUUUUGCAAGAUGGACGUGGCAAAUGUGCAUGUCUAUACACGACGAGUUACUUUCUUUGAAGUCUCUCCUUGUCAAAAUAGUCAUGAGGGAGCUCAGCUUUGCACAUUUACAAUGAGAGGCAGUGCUUUCCUGUGGCACCAGGUCCGCGCCAUGGUCGCUGUGCUAUUCAUGAUUGGGCAGGGCGUUGAAUCGGUUGAUUUGAUAGAUACAUUGUUGGACACCAAGACCACCCCAAGAAAACCUCAAUACCUCUUAGCCUCGGAGAUCCCCUUAGUCCUCCGCACAUGCGAAUUUGAAAACAUCAACUUCAUUUGUUCUUCAGGCGCUGCACAGUCACUACAGACUCAUUUCAAGAAUGAGUCACUGAGGUACCAGUUAGAGUCUGUGAUUUUCCAAGAAGCUCUCAAGAACUGUUUACCUUUAACAAAUGAGAAAAGUACGUGCAAAAGCGUAGAAAAGAAGAAGAAACCAGCAAUACACGCUCCUCUGUUAUCUCGACCAACAGAGCCUUCAUAUGAAGAACGAUCUUCGAAAUUGAAAUCCAGACAAGAAGAAACAUGUUCGGUGUUAGAGUAA